AAGUAAAUUAUGUGCAUUGAAAUCCACUUUUUAGGCUGAUCAAGGAUACGUUCACGCACAUACAUAUCUAUAUUAGACUAUAUGAUCAAGUUUCGACUGCCACUAACUAAGAGGAAACUGGAUAAAAGAGUGCUUAUGAGAGAGCUAAUCACAAGAAACAAACAAUUAAAAUAGGGUGAGACUUGUGGGUUGCAGCUCCAUUUUGCAUUCUUUAUUUCAGUGGUUUUGCCCAUUUAUCUCAAAAAGAAUAACAAAAUGUAUUCACAUGCAUAAGGCCAACGAACUAAAUAGACAAAAGUUCGAUACAGCCAUAAACAAAAAAUUAUUAAAGAGUUACUAAUAGUAAAUAAAAAAUGAUGAAAAGAAAAGAUAGGUUUCCCUACAAAGAAGAAAGUAAGAUAUUUAUUUUGGUUCAUUCAAGAAGGAGAGAGACACGAAUGCGGAAUGCAUUUUCAAAGGGACAAGAGAUAACACAUGGAAGAUCGCUGCAUGGAUUGUGUAUGCGUGUCUGUCUCCAUACUUGCAUAACGUGGAGUCUCCCUAGGUCCCACCAUUUUAUCCGUUUAGGUCGAAAUCGUAGAAACCAACAUGCAAGUCUGUACUUGUUCACUAAGUAAAUAGAGACUUAUUAGAGAUGUAAAUACUUUUGCUAUAACAAACAAUUUUUUUUCUUUCUAUUCAAACUAUAUAUAGUGACUUAAUGGAAAACUAAUAGUAAAAAUCUAUAAUUAUUGGUAGUAUCCGAUCUACAUCUACAUGGUAAAUUUUUCACCACUUCAACUCAACUGCUUCACUACGGGAUCACUUGGUUUGUUAUAUUAAUCCGUUUUCACUUAUCUCCAUGUUAUUAUUUGAUUGUUUUAGGUUUUAGCAUGAAACAAAAAGGUAUUAGUACAUGGUAACAGCAGAAGAAGAUAAUACCUAACGAUCGAACGGUGCCGGCAAAAACUCUUACCUAAUGAUCGAAUGGCCUGGAUUGCAUCCCGCACGAACAACUAAUAUGAUUGGACCCUAUAACCAGGGGGGAGCUGGUUACAAACCCCUUUUCUAAUUUCCGCUUGUUAAGAUCAGAAAAUCUAAUUUAAUUUCGAAAUUGGUUAAUAAUUAUCUAAUUUCCCAAAAGAUGUAUGACAUUUUCAGAUUAAUGUGAAAAAUCCAAUUAGAAGGUUAUAAGUUUUGGUAUUAUGUCAUAAUAACUAAUGACUACGCAUAUGUAGGACGUUGGUUUCAUAUUAAAAUGGCACUUAGAGGAUUAAGAAGAUUUGACAUUGCGUUAUAUAACUAAGAACUAUGCAUAUGUGGGAUAUUCAAAUUUAGAGGAAGAUAACUAAUUUGUGUAUAUAUCUAAUAAUACACCGACAGGUUCACAAAGUCGGUUUUUACUCUUGUUCACAUACGGAGUUAUAUGUAAACAGAUACGUAAGUCAACUAUACUCGUUUCUGUCUCUAUAUGUCUAUGCGAAUAGAUAUCUAGAAGUUUCAGUUCUAUUCUGGCAUAUUCUCCUAAAAAGAGAUAAAGAUUAAAGAUCCAAAGAAGGAAACAACCAAACAUGAGCACUCAAGGAGAAAUGGAGGAGAGGCUACUACGUGUAGGAUCAGAUGCUAAGGAUCGCCAAAGCAACAGUAUAGAGAGUCUCUAUCUGAGAGCAAAGGUUUGGAGCGAAGUAAGCAAAAUGUGGAGAAUAGCAUUACCUUCCUCUUUGUUCCGCAUGACUUCCUUUGGUAGCAUCAUUGUGGCUCAAGCCUUCAUCGGUCACUCCUCUAAGUUGGGUCUAGCUGCUUACGCUCUACUUCAAAGCACAUUCAUCCGCUUUCUCUACGGUUUAAUGGGCGGUAUGUCAAGUGCAACGGAGACCUUAUGCGGGCAAGCAUACGGUGCAGAACAGUACCACACGAUGGGGAUAUAUCUACAACGUUCAUGGAUUGUUGACAUAGCCGUGACCACUUUGUUCCUACCGUUUAUUAUAUUCGCUGGUCCGAUUCUCCGUCUAUUAGGCCAGAAUGUUGCGAUCACUAGGACCGUUGAUGAGAUAUACCCUUGGAUGAUCCCUUAUGUCUACAGCUUGAUCUUUACCAUGACUAUGCAAAUGUAUCUCCAAGCACAAAUGAAGAACGCUAUUGUAGGCGUUCUCUCGACCUUGUCAUUGGCUCUUGACAUCCUGGUCACGUGGUGGUGCGUGCGUUUUAUGGGGAUGGGGAUUGGUGGUGCGCUCCUCGGGCUUAAUGUGAGCUCGUGGUCUUUGGUGUUAGCUGAGUUUGUGUACGUUUUUGGUGGGUGGUGUCCGUUCACUUGGACUGGAUUUAGCACUGCGGCUUUUGCUGACCUGGUUCCUAUGCUCAAGCUCUCCAUUUCUUCAGGCUUCAUGAUCUGCUUAGAGUAUUGGUACCUGAGCAUCCUUGUCUUAAUGGCUGGUUAUACAAAAGAUGCUAAUACAGCAAUCUCUGCUUUCUCAAUAUGCCAAUACAUAUAUACAUGGGAACUCAACAUAUGCCUAGGCUUCUUGGGUGCGGCAUGCGUCCGAGUGGCUAAUGAGUUGGGGAAAGGAGACGCAGCUGCAGUGAGAUUCUCUAUCAGAGUGAUACUCACAGUAUCAACAAUAAUGGGAGUGAUAUUCUCUGUUCUAUGUUUAGCGUUUAGCGGUCAGAUAUCGUAUUUAUUUACUAAUAGCAAAGAAGUUUCGAAAGCAGUGGAUGAUCUAUCGAUGAUCCUUGCUGUAUCAAUCUUGCUCAACAGCAUUCAACCUAUACUCUCAGGUGUGGCAGUAGGAGCAGGGAUGCAGAGUAUAGUGGCAGUUGUGAACUUAGUUUCAUAUUAUGGAGUUGGUAUUCCUUUAGGUCUCAUCCUUACUUAUGUUUUCCAUCUCGGUGUUAAGGGACUAUGGUCUGGAAUGUUGGCUGGUAUUGCGAUCCAAACAGCGAUAUUGUGUUAUAUCAUUUACAAAACUGACUGGGAGUUAGAGGUUAAAAAGACAAGCGAACGUAUGAAAGCGUGGAGCCUGAAGCCAUCUCAUGAAGAGUCGAAUCCUAUAAUAGUUGAUGAGAGGAAGUGAGAAGUGUUGUAUAACGUUGUUCCCUUUUCAAAUGUAAUAUGUGAAUAUUUUUGGGGGCUAAUAAUGCAACUCUCGUUGCUAUCAGUUAGAAAAAAUAAUAAUUUGCCAAGCAAUUUCAGCAAAAACUGAUUAUUCA